AUGGAGCCUAGAAACUAUCGAGAGAAUGGUAAGCCCCUCGGAGAAGACGAGGACCUCGGAGAGCAAGGCACUCCUGUCUGCUGGAUUACUGUUCAGUUCACUGACCUCGAAGCUGGAUUUGAUGAUUCGGACUUGAUUUUUCUUCUGGCUGAAAAGAUCGCUAGGCGAAAGGUGUUGAUUUCCGACACAAACCAAUAUUACCGAGCUCGACUUUGCAUUUCAUUGCCAAUUGUUGGAUAUCAUCCUGAUGAGAGGUCAAUGUUGUUUUCGGCUCUCAGGCAGGCACAUUUCAUUUUACAAGGUGUCUCUGACGGCCUCGUCGUUAUGAAUCGGUAUUAUUUUAACGGUGGACAAUAG